CUGAGCUGUGAGUGGGUUGUAGUCUACGUAGUUAGAGACAACUUUUAUUGCAGCCAUGACUAUCAAAGCAGUUUGCGUGUUGAACGGUGAACAGGUGAAAGGAACUGUUCACUUUGAGCAGGAGGGUGCAAAUUCUCCCGUCAAGGUAACAGGUGAAAUAACGGGCUUAACAAAAGGUUUGCACGGCUUCCAUGUGCACGAAUUUGGCGAUAACACAAACGGAUGCAUGAGUGCUGGUGCACAUUUCAACCCUCACAGCAAGGACCAUGCUGGUCCCGAGGAUGCUGACCGCCAUGUUGGUGAUCUGGGCAAUGUAGAGGCAGGUGGAGACGGAGUUGCCAAAGUCAACAUCACUGACAAGGUCAUCUCACUGACUGGAGAUCACAACGUCAUUGGCCGCACUCUAGUGGUGCACGCUGAUCCUGACGACCUGGGACGUGGGGGGCACGAGCUGAGCAAGACGACUGGCAAUGCCGGGGCACGUGUUGCCUGUGGGGUGAUCGGCAUUGCGAAGGCAUGAAGGUGUCCGGAUGUCCCCCUCUCAGAGGAAGCGAGUGUGGUGGCUGCCAAACUGUAGCCCUCUGAUGUCUAGCUGAGGGGGGAAUUGAGUCCAUCAGGCACAUGACCUUCACUCUGUUUAUUCUUUUGUCGUUGUUUCUCUGCUUCAAAACUUGGCUGUAGAUGUCAGUUUAGUCUUCCUGUGUGUAGCAUUGUGUUGGAGCUGUGAGGCACCCUGCUCUUUGCCACACUGCUUAGUUUAAGCAAUCAUUUGUGGCAAGAUUUCACAAAAGCCUUUCUUUACAUGAGAUACACUACUACUAGGAAAUAUUAAAACGCUGCUUUUCCUCCUGCUAUUUAUAUCUUUGGUGACAAACCACCAAAGAUACUAGCAACAAAGUUGGGGUUAUGUGUUUUAGUGCAGCAUAUCAUAUAUAAACAAAAUUAAAGAAUUUUACUGCUGUUGUGCCAUAUGAACUGAACGUGUGUACCUGAUGUAUGUUGUUGCUGCUUGGAGCCACACUGAGUUCCCAAAGUUGGAGAGAAAAUAAUGGAAAUUGGCAAAGCUUGUCCUGGAAUAAGUGUCUGGUUU